AUGAGCUUGUCGCGUGUGUCAUCACACGAUGAGCAGACGCCAGCGGCGCGCGCGGGUUCGACGCGGCCGGUGGACGUGGUAGUGGCGACGUGCGAUUUUACGCCCACCAAAAAGGCGCAACUGCGGCUCAGCGCGGGCGACGUGGUGUACGUGCUGGGCAAGAACGAGUCCGGGUGGUGGGACGGCGUGACGGUGUGCGGCAGGUCCCCGCAGCGGGUCGCGCGCGGCUGGUUUCCGCAUAAUUUCACGCGGUCGUACCGCGAGCACAAACGCGGGGGACUAGCGGCGAAGUGCGGGGCCGCGAGUAGCGUGGCUGGCACGCGCAGCAACCGCUCCGGCGGCAGCAGCCGCCGGAGCAGUCUGGCGGCGCCCCCCAUGCCCGGCCACAUGGACUUCGGCAGCAGCAUGAGGCUCGGCACCGUAAGCGAGCCCAACCUCUCCCCCACCGACUCCCACGCACCACAUCUGAAGCAGGACUACAGGUUUGACAUGCGGUCCAACUUAGCAGGCCAGGCAGGAUCCCGCAGGCCCAGCAUGGCAUCCGGAUGGUCGGCCGGCGCCAACUCACUUUCCAAGUCGCCUUCUCAUUCCUCGAACGAACAGCAGUCGCACGGGAGCCAAAGCCAGCCGCAGCAGGUCGAUCCGCUCCAGAAGUCUACAGCCGACGAGCGCAGGAGGCGCUCGCAUGUCGCUGAGACUGACAAGAUGAACGUUUUGGGCACGGACGAGGUACAGAUGAUAUUUAGCAACAUCCACGACAACUCUCCGCCCAUAUGGACGCCGGUCCCAACUACAGAGGGUAAGAUCUUGUACUACAACCGCGACUACGACAUAUAUUGCAGCGGGUUGCCGCUGCUACAGAGCCCCGAGCUCAACAUCAAAAGCGUCUUUUCCGACCACGAUUGGUUUGUGGACAUUCAAGAAAGAGCCCUGACGCACAACAAGAAGGUUCUGGACAAAAAGGAGGAGCCUGCCGGCGCAAACGGCGCCGCCACCGGGCCCAUGUCCGCCAAUACCCAGAGCACUUCACAGAACACAAGGAACCACAGUGGUAGCAGAAGGCCUAGUGUGGAUGAAAAAAGCAAAAAUUACCUCGCAGCGACCAUAAUAUCUGACAGUGCUGGCACUGGAAGCAGAAAUACCAAGAUCAAUGCUCUCAAAAGUGACAAUUUAAGCCCUAAACGUGUCGCCGGCGACGACACCAACACAAACACCAACAGUGACAGCAAAGCCGGCAUCAAGACUGCAACCGAGAACGAAAACGACACUGAAGUCGCGGCUUCAGAUCCCGGCUGGUGGCAAAAAAACCCCAAGCAUACCCUCUUGGCGAAAGAAGAGCUCUUUUAUCAUCACCGCAUGGACCUGAGGUCAUGGACGGAAAUGAGAGACACCACUCUAUAUUUCGCGCGCAAAGCUUACGCAAGCUUUUUCCAAAACGACUACCAUCAAUUCAAUCGAAACUUCGAGGUAACUGCUAAAUUCAGCAUUUACUACCACAACGCUUGCCGUCUUUUGAAGGGUGAGCUCAUAAAAAACAAUGUCAAGAGAGAGGUCAGGCGGAUUUUAAGACAAAUGACCGAUGCUGUAUCGGCCAUUAGCAUAAACGGGAAUCUAUUUUUUAGUUCUCCUCAAAGGUUUGAUAUCUCAUUUUCUCCAUCCGUUCAACAACAACAGCUUCAACAGCGCCACAAGUCAAGCGUGGGAAGCACAGGAACUGCUAUUCAAGACCCAUUGCGUGUCUCUAUCUCGACCUUGAAUCCACUCCAACCCGGCGAUCUUCAAAAACUUAGCAUAUCCAGUAAUGAUAUUCUCAUCAAUGAGGAGUCCCAGAGUUUAGAAACAAAAUCUAAGAACGACCGAGAUGACAGAUUUGGAUCGGUACUUAGCUCUUACACCAUUCAAGCGCACAGUACCGCCUUUGAUGAAAACUCUAAAAUUUCGAUACAGGCGUUGUUUCAAACCAUUGACGCUCAGUUCAGUAGAUUCAUGAUAUGCGUUCGCAACUUGGACGCUUUGAUGAAAACAAAGUGUUCAGGGGGCGACAUUCUUCCGCAACUGUUCCCGAGGUUCUUUAGGGACGGAUUCAGCGGCGGCGCUUGGACAAGCACUUUUCAAGAUCAAGUUAUAUCUUUGACUCCAAGAGCUUCUUUGGCAAGCCUUGGGUCUCCACUCACAGGAGAAGCCUAUCAAGCUGUCAACAAUGUGUUUGGGAGCAUUAGUAGCAAGGCAGGAACUGUGGAAAGCUCAAUCCUCUCCAAGUCAACAGCCGACAACGAUCGAACAAGCGCAAUCAAAGGUUCGCCCAAGGCCAAAAAUCAGAAGUCCCUGAAGUUUCCUCUGAACGAAGAUACGCUGGCUCUUCUCAAGAAACGAAUUGAUUACUUCUCUACUCCAACGUACGCAAGCUAUGGCACCUUGAUCGACCAACCAAGGACUAAUAAAAGGAACCUUGAAAUUAGCGCGAAUUGUCAUCGAGAACUCAGCCACUCGGUCGUAAUAAUCGAAAUGUUAGAAAACCUAGAUCUCAGAUUUUUCCUAAACAUGAGAAACCUGGCGUACAAUCAUGCCCUUGAUGAAGAUAGUGAGGAGCUGAGGCAACAUACUAUGACUUCUUCUGCUACUCUGCUUAUGGAGUUCUUCGAUAUCAAGCAGGCCCUCUACGAUGUCACCAUUAAAAAAGUGAUGGACAUCCAAAACCUUACUCUAGAUGAUCCUUUCGUCUUUUGCUCUAUGGCAGGUGAUCUUUCUUUUGGAGGGGAAAGGGAAGAGGGCUCGAGAGAAGAACAUGUUUUAAAGCAAGAGAGGCUGGCAGAGGCUUACCGCAAGCGUCUUGUGGCCGAGGAUGUGGAAGUGAAUGACAUGACUUAUUUCAACCCAGAUACGGAGGUCAAGGCUACCCAGAUUUCCUUCUUAGCAGUAAUCGAUUCGACGUACCAAGUCGUUGAGCAGCUAAUUCAGGCCCGGGAGAAUGUUCUGAACUAUGCUGCGAGAAUGAUGAAAAACGACUUGAUUUCUGAAUUGACUAGGGGCGAACAGGAGAAGAUUUUCGAGGACGACAAGAUCGAUGCAAAGACUUCUGACGCCGAAAUUGAACACAUCGGCCCAAAGGAUUUUGGUGACAGCAGUUUCACGUCAGAUGUACCCUGGUACUUGGACUCAGAACAUGAGUAUUCAUUGAUUUACGACAACCAGGGGCGCAUCAAAGGAGGCACAAAAGUUGCUUUGCUUGAACACCUCACCAGCCACCGGGCGAUAGACGCCUCUUUCAACAUCGCAAUGUUGUUGUCAUUCCGUAGCAUAUUCACUACAUCCGAGUUUCUCCACGCGUUGGUCGAGAGAUAUCAUCUUUACCCUCCGGAGGGUUUGAGCUUUGAAGAGUACAGUGCGUGGAUUGAAAAGAAGUCCACCCCCGUCAAAACACGUGUUGUAAACAUACUGAAGACGCUGUUCUCAAAUUAUUGGACGCCUGCAUACUAUGAGCCUGGUAUCGACGAUCUUGUGAGCUUUGCACAACUGGCUACGGCACAGAGCAUAAGUGGCGCGCCAGCGUUGUUAGUUGAACUUAAGAACCGCCUUUCAUUGAAGGGCAACCUGAAGAACUUCGUGCCAGAAACAAUCCGAUUCGAUGAGAGCGGUCACAAUUACAGCGGAAACGCCUUGAACCCCAGGGUUUCUACGGGGGGACCUGCAGAGUUUGGGGCAGGGUACGGAUUUAGGAUGCGGAAGCUCAAGUUGCUUGACAUCGACCCGCAAACGUUUGCCAAGCAAUUGACUACGAAAGAACAUUAUUUGUACUCCAAAAUUACACCAUUUGAAUGUUUGGAUCGUAUUUGGAGUAAGAAAUACUGUUAUUUUGGUGGCUCUGAGGACAUUUCAAAGUUUAUCUCAAGUGCAAACGCUUUGACGAGUUAUGUCUCAUUUGCAAUAGUAAAACAAACCAAUACUAAAAAGAGGGCAAAAGUCCUACAACAUUUCAUUAGUGUUGCUGAAUAUUGCUACGAGCUCAACAACUUUUCUUCGAUGACUGCUAUUGUUUCAGCCCUGUACUCCUCCCCGAUUUUCCGCUUGAAGAAAUCAUGGUCUGCCGUGCCUGAAGACUCCAAGAAGGUAUUAGAAAACCUAAACACCUUGAUGGAUCCGGCAAAAAACUUCAUUACUUACAGAAACUGGCUUAAAACCGUUCACGAUGUGGCAUGCGUCCCUUUUUUCGGGGUCUACCUUUCAGAUCUGACUUUUAUUGCUGAAGGCAAUCCGAAUUGCUUACAUAGGUCACCUGAGAUCAUAAACUUCAGCAAGAGGCUAAGAAUCGUUGACAUACUAAAAGAGAUAUCCAGUUACCAGAUAAUCCGCUACAAGUUUAAGCGGUAUGACGACAUUCAAAGCUUUAUUGAAGAAUCGAUGAAAAACAUUCCUAACAUUGAAAAGCAAUAUGAGCAGUCCUUGCGCCUGGAGCCACGCACUGAGGUUUCAGCUGGUCUGAGCUCAGGUGGCACUGGCAUGUCCAAAACUGACUUGGGAAAGAAGCUCGAGAAAAAGUCGAGAUUCAUGAAGAACAAAAAAAGGCCUACCAAACUGGUAAGUUUGUAA